CUAUUUUGGAGGAGUUAAAAAAGUCACGUGUGUUAUAUAUCGAUAUCACAUGACACAUGACACAUUACAUAAUGAUGACAUAAAUAUUACAUAAUCACUGACGCGAAAAAAGAAAUGCGUAUAAACUUUUCGUGUUUUGGAAGUUUUCACGCGUCGGUAUCAAGCAUCAACUUGUGGUGUUCUUCUCAUAUCCGGGUUGAAAGAGUUAGUAAAGGUAUCCAAUUCAUGAAGGAAGAAGUUGUCGAGAUGAAUGAUAACGAGUCUGUUGAGCUUUUGAAGAUCCAAGAACUAGGAAAUACAUCUGAAAUUACUGUGGUUAGCGUUGAUGAUGAUGAUGAUACAUCAUUGUCCGUUCCAGCACAAACUUCUGAGAGGAAGCUGACCCCCAAACAGCUCGAGAAGCUUAAGGAGAAAGAGGAAAGGGAGAGAAAGAGACUGGAGGAGAAACUCAACAGGGAAAGGGCAAAAGAAGAAGAGAAGAGACUGAAAGAGGAGAAGAGACAGCAACAGCUGUUGGAGAGGAAGAAGAAACAGGAGGAGAAGGAUAGAAUCAAAAGGGAGAAUGAACUGAAGAGAGAACAGCUGAGAAAGGAGAGAGAGGAGAAGGAGAAGCAGAAGCAAGAAGAAAAGCUGAAGAAAGAGCAGGAGAGACUACAAAAGGAACAGGAGAAGAAGCUCAAGGAAGAACAGGAGAAGAAGAAAAAAGAUAAGUUGAAGAUCAGUAAUUUCUUCAAACCAAAGACCUCUGUCAAGUCCACAUCGGUGCUGAUGCAACAGCAACAGCAGCAACAGCAAGGAUCAGACCACAGGUUGAGGGAGAAUGACUAUCGUAAAUCGUUCAAACCUUUCUUCAUCCGUGAGGGAGUGACACUGGCUGGAAACUUGUCAAAGGAACAGCUGACCGAAUCUGUUAAUGACUUUGAUAAGGCUCUUGAGAACGAGUGUUCACAAAGCGACUUGUUGCAAUGGUUCAGAUCACUCCCUGUGUUAAAGGAGGAGGGAGAAAAUGAAGGAGCGACUGCACAGUAUAUCUAUGAGAAUGGACUGACAAGUGCACCAAUCCGUAUAAAAUUCAUCAAGUUUUACGAAAGUGUAAAGAGUUGGAUAGGAUCAUACACCCAAAGUUGCCAUGGAUUGGGCUCUGACCCUCUUAGAACCUUGGAUAAGGAAUUCAUCGAUUUCGAUGACGUUAUCGAUGAAGAUGACGAUGGUGAGGGAGAAGAUAUAGAUGAUGACGAUGAUGACGAAGAUGACGAUGACGACGACGAAGACGAGAUGACUGAUUUCCUCGAAGAAGAUAACAACGGUGGUAACAGCACAGAACAGAGAAAGAAGAUCCUUGGACCACUCAUUCCAGUAAUAACAUGGGGAAAUUCUGACCAAACAUCAGCUGGUUGUAUCAGAUUUGAAGUCUUGAAACCAAAUGUUUCACUUCCAUUGGAUCCAUCAUUCAACUAUUGGCAAACACAGCAACAACAGAGCAAUGGUGGUAAUGCAGAAACACCAUUGAAGAAGAAAUCAAAGACGAUGAUCACUGACCGUGACGAUUUAGAGAAGUUUGCGGACAAAGUACACGAUUGUGAGUUUAGCAUUCCAACAAUGGUUGAGAUUCUGAAAAAAGAGCUACCAAACUAUACAAAGAUUACAAUCGAAAACACCUUGAGAUCGUUAGCCACCAAAGUCGGAAGCAAACAAACAGAGAAGAAGUGGCAAGUGGACCAUGAUUCUUUGAACAGGCUAUGCAGUUUGCAGCCAAAGGAAUGAUUCAUCUCCAUUAUGCACACCGAUAUCUGGAAACAACAUAGAGUCACAUACGAUGGAAGUGAAUAGGAGUGAUUGGCCAUGGUCAAAUAGCCCUAUGGACACCAUGAUAGGGAGCCGGUGGCUCAGAUGCAGAGACAUUGAUCUGCGAUGCAGCAGUGUCUCAAGUUCCACUGCCUGAACAGAUUUUAAAGGAGUGCUAUCUAAGGAGUCCCAGGUGCCGCAUGGGUUCCGCUCUCUCGUCGUAUGAAG